AUGGAAGAAACGGGGAAGACCACUAUCCAGCUGCAGAGACCCAUAAAGACUGAGUGGAAUUCUCAGUGCGUCCUUUUCACCUAUUUCCAAGGGGACAUCGGCAGCGUAGUGGACGAACACUUCUCCAGGGCUCUGAGCAGUGUCAAGAGGCCCCAGCGACUGAGCCCCUCGAGCCAGAGUGCAGAUGUGAUCCUGAGGAACGAUGGUGACAUGCCUCCGAAUCGGUGGCGUUUCUCUUCUCAGUGGACAAAGCCAGAGCCCGGAGCAUCUUUUGCAUACGGCGCCACUGACUGCAGCUUCCGUGGGCCCGGUCUCAUGACUAUGGAUCACUACCCGGUGCCCCUGGCGGGGAGCCCCUCCGUUCCGUCUGGCGAGCCGUGGCCUUACCCCUCCCCGGCCAGCCCCAGCUCCUCGGAGCCUGGCUACUCUCACGCCUACUCCGGCGGGCACGUGCCAUCCGAGCCCCAGCCUGAUGGGAAGUAUGAGCCUUUCCUAAGCCUCCUCCAGCAGGACCGAUACCUAGCCCCUCCUCAGGAAGCUGCAGUGUGGGAGGAUUGCAGCUCUGCUCCGACAGCCGGAAGCACGGGAUUGACCUUCAACUUGCCUGCCGGCUCAGCCCACUGUAAGGAAACGCCUCCGGAUGCUCGGGGGAUGGCUUCCGAUUGGUUGCAGUUGAGAGGGAGUGGGCAUGAGAUGGGGUGCUAA